AUGAGUGAACCAGGCCCUCGAGCGACUGAAGCUCACCAAACACUCGCGUUUGUUAGGCGGAAGCGAAAGCAAGUUGGCAGAGCCUGUGAUGGCUGUCGACUCCAACGGAUAAAAUGCGACAACAGCGUUCCAUGCCUCAACUGUCGAACGCGCGGCCGUGAGUGCAGCAACAAUAACGCCCCUACCGUGUCGACUCUUCCUCAAGCGCAAGAUGAGAUCGACAAAUUGAAGCGACGGGUGAAAGAGCUUGAAGCACAACUUUCGCAGGCGCGGAAUAGCGAGACACCCGCUUCACAACAACAGGAACCGACGCCGCCUGGCGGAUCACCAGCUCUCCCAAGACCAGCGACUCAGGAAAACAUCAAGACGAAAUUCUGGGAUGGCGUAUACCUUCGCCCAGCACGAUCGCCACACAGCGCUUGGUUCGGGCCUUCAUCACUUUACUUCUUCAUUCAUCGACUCAGCACAUUUCUCAGCGCUCAAGCCGACCACAUGCUCAUUCACCUCGCCAGCAACCUGGAACAGUUGGGCCAGGCGGCCGUGCCACAAGACUCUUCACGACUGUUGGCGCCACUCACGCGAGUCAACGAGGAAGGCUUCUAUCUGACCCCAGUUCAGGAAGGGUUCUUCAUCAAUCUGUACUGGGAGACCUACCAUACAUGCAUCUAUGCCGUGGUCGAUGAGGCGAGCUUCAAGGCGCAUUACCAAUCGCUCUACGUCGAUGUGCCGGCCGGAUCGCCGAGGAAGCCAUCCGCAUUGGUGGACAUCAUACUCGCCAUGUGUAUGCAAUAUCAUACAUCCGCGCUCCCAUGUGGCCAGCAAGGCAACAUUCUUGAAGACAACGACGCUACCAUGGCCGGCCGAUGGUACUAUAGAAGGGCACAGACCCUCUUGGCUUGUGAAGUCGAGAGUCCAUCCAUCUCAACUCUUCAAUGCCAUUUGCUCUGCGCUUUGUACGUCUGCGGGGGAUCCUUUCACAACAUGGCCGACACAACCAUUUCCCUUGCGAUCCGAACAGCCUACAUGCUAGGCCUACACUUGAAUCCACCGCCCGCAAUGCCACAACGCGAGCGCGAAUUCCGGCGACGACUAUGGUGGUCCGUUUUUGAGGCUGAUUCGAAGGUCGGUAUGAAAGUCGGCCGCCCGUUCCUCAUCCGCGACUCGUAUGUCAUGCCCGAACUACCCAGCGAUACCCUUGAAGUAGCUAUUGAGUCAGGCUCGGCAUUUCCUCCCAUCGGAGAUAACGCUACGUGGCUCAGUCUCAAUCUGCAGCGCACAAAGUUAUAUCAAACCGCGAGAACUCUCAAUCAAGCAUUUUACGGGUACGCGCUCAACAUUGCCGAUGGGAACUCCGUCUAUGAUGACCCAAACACGAUGGAGGAUCUUGCAAACGCCUGGGGCCCACGAACAAUAGCUCUGACAGAGUGGACGAAACAGAUUCCCCGAGCCCUCAAGACAAGCCGGAAAAACGGCAGCCCCUACGCCCUUGAUGACUCCAUUCUCGACAUCGAGCCGUUUGCACCACAGUGGCUUCAGCGACAGCGCUUCCAAUUGGAACUCGAGUAUCACCACCUUUGCAUCGGCCUCCAUCGCCCGUUUCUAUCUUUCGCUCUACAACAGGGAAGUUUGGCAACCGCAAUGGCAGCCAAGUGCGCCCAACAUGCGAUGCAGCUCACAAACAUAACCCGACAAGUCCUAUCCAAGACUUCAACACUCAACGGCUGGCAUGAAGCUUUCCAGUGGCAGUGGAGCGCUGCAAUGACCUUGGUAGGGUUUGCUGUUGCGUACCUCAAUCACCCAUUCGCGCCAGCUGUACGCUCAUCAAUAAAGGUCGCUGUCUCCGUUCUCGACAUCUUCGCCCGUAGCUUUGAUGCUGCUUCUAAAGCCGCCGUCAUCGUCCGUACCCUCCACACGAACAUCGAGUCCGUCAUGGCCCAGCUCGAGAUGCAAUCGAGCCCGGCGACUGUGACAGCCAUGGAAAAUCCCCUCUUGUAUAAUGUCCCUGUUCAGGGAGGCAUAACGAACACGGUGGUCAAUCAGUUUGAUGCGAUCAGUGGAGAUUUCGAUCUUCUAGAUAUGGCGAUGAAUGUGGACUUUUGGGCCGAUCUCGACAUGCUUCUACCAGGGAUUUCAGGGUCUACAACUGAUACAACUGCGACUUAG